CCGCUGCCAGUCUGCGCGGGGCGGCGGCGGCGGCUGUGACUGGGGCCGAACAUGGCGGCGGCGGCGGCGGCGGCGCGCAGCUUCGGGCCGGAGCGGGAGGCCGAGCCGGCCAAGGAGGCGCGCGUCGUGGGCUCGGAGCUCGUGGACACGUACACGGUUUACAUCAUCCAGGUCACUGAUGGCAGCCAUGAAUGGACAGUGAAGCACCGUUACAGUGAUUUCCAUGACCUGCAUGAAAAGCUUGUUGCGGAGAAGAAGAUCGAUAAAAAUCUACUUCCACCCAAAAAGAUAAUUGGGAAAAACUCACGAAGCUUGGUGGAAAAGAGGGAGAAGGAUCUUGAAGUCUAUCUCCAAACCCUCUUGGCUGCUUUCCCUAGCGUGGCCCCCAGAGUUCUGGCUCACUUCUUGCAUUUUCACUUUUAUGAGGUAAAUGGCAUCACUGCCGCACUGGCUGAGGAGCUCUUUGAAAAAGGAGAACAGCUCUUGGGGGCCGGCGAGGUCUUUGCCAUUGGACCUCUGCAGCUCUAUGCAGUCACCGAGCAGCUACAGCAGGGAAAGCCCACCUGCGCCAGUGGGGAUGCAAAGACUGACCUCGGGCACAUCCUGGACUUCACUUGUCGCCUUAAGUAUCUGAAGGUUUCUGGCACAGAAGGACCUUUUGGGACCAGCAACAUUCAGGAGCAGCUCCUGCCUUUUGAUCUGUCGAUAUUUAAGUCUCUUCAUCAGGUGGAGAUAAGUCACUGUGAUGCCAAGCAUAUCCGGGGCCUGGUAGCAUCGAAACCCACCUUAGCUACGAUGAGCGUCUGCUUCUCAGCCACCUCCAUGAAGGAAGUCCUCGUUCCCGAAGCCUCGGAAUUUGAUGAGUGGGAGCCAGAAGGCGCAGCCCUGGAAGGCCCUGUGACUGCCAUCAUCCCCACAUGGCAGGCGCUGACUACUCUAGACCUGAGCCACAACAGCAUCUCUGAAAUCGAUGAGUCGGUGAAACUGAUUCCCAAGAUCGAGUUUCUGGACCUGAGUCACAAUGGAGUGCUGACCGUGGACAAUCUGCAGCACCUCUACAACCUAGUGCAUCUGGAUCUGUCCUACAAUAAGCUGUCCUCCUUGGAAGGGGUUCACACCAAACUGGGGAAUGUUAAGACUUUGAACCUGGCAGGUAACCUUCUCGAGAGUCUGAGUGGCCUGCACAAGCUCUAUUCUCUGGUCAACCUGGAUCUUAGCAACAACAGAAUUGAGCAGAUGGAGGAAGUCAGGAGCAUUGGCAGCCUCCCGUGUCUGGAGCACGUGGCCUUGCUGAACAACCCUCUGAGCAUCAUCCCCGACUACCGGACCAAGGUGCUGGCCCAGUUUGGAGAGAGGGCCUCUGAGGUCUGUCUAGACAACACAGUGACCACAGAGAAAGAGCUGGACACCGUGGAAGUGCUGAAAGCAAUUCAGAAAGCCAAGGAGGUCAAGUCCAAGCUGAGCAGUCACCCUGAGAGGAAGGUCACCGAGGACUCCCGGCUCUCAGCUGCUCCCUCUGUCAGGCCCAGCAGCUCCCCUCCCACCGUGGCUCCCACUUCGGCCACCCUGCCCCAGCCCAUCCUCUCCAACCAAGGAAUCAUGUUCGUGCAGGAAGAGGCCCUGGCCAGCAGCCUCUCAUCCACGGACAGUCUGACUCCCGAGGACCGGCCCAUUGCUCGGGGCUGUUCCGAUUCCCUGGAGUCCAUCCCUGCAGGACAGGCCCCUGCUGAUGAUCUCAGGGAUGUACCAGGAGCAGUUGGGGGUGUAAGCCCAGAACACGCGGAACCAGAGGUCCAGGUGGUGCCUGGGUCUGGUCAAAUCAUCUUUCUGCCCUUCACCUGCAUUGGCUACACAGCCACCAACCAGGACUUCAUCCAGCGCCUGAGCACGCUCAUCCGUCAGGCCAUUGAGCGGCAGCUGCCCGCAUGGAUCGAGGCCGCCAACCAGCGAGAAGGCCUGGGCCAGGAGGAGGAAGAGGAGAAUGUUGCUGAGAACCGCUACUUUGAAAUGGGGCCCCCAGAUGCAGAUGAUGAGGAGGAGGGCGGCCGAGGGGAAGAAGAGGAAGAGGAGGAGGAGGAGGAAGAGGCUGAAGAGGAGGAGCGCCUGGCGCUGGAGUGGGCCCUGGGUGCAGAUGAGGACUUCCUACUGGAGCAUAUCCGCAUUCUCAAAGUACUCUGGUGUUUCCUGAUCCACGUGCAGGGCAGCAUCCGCCAGUUUGCCGCCUGCCUCGUGCUCACCGACUUUGGCAUCGCCGUCUUUGAGAUCCCGCACCAAGAGUCUCGGGGAAGCAGCCAGCACAUCCUCUCAUCCCUGCGCUUUGUCUUCUGCUUCCCGCAUGGCGACCUCACAGAGUUUGGCUUCCUCAUGCCUGAGCUGUGUCUGGUACUUAAGGUGCGGCACAGCGAGAACACGCUCUUCAUCAUCUCAGACGCCGCCAACCUGCACGAGUUCCACGCCGACUUGCGCGCGUGCUUCGCCCCCCAGCACAUGGCCAUGCUGUGCAGUCCCCUGCUCUACGGCAGCCACACCAGCCUGCAGGAGUUCCUCCGCCAGCUGCUCACCUUCUACAAGGUGGCGGGGGGUUGUCAGGAGCGCAGCCAGGGCUGCUUUCCCGUCUACUUGGUCUACAGUGACAAGCGCAUGGUGCAGACGGCCGCCGGCGACUACUCGGGCAAUAUCGAGUGGGCCAGCUGCACGCUGUGCUCGGCUGUGCGCCGCUCCUGCUGCGCCCCCUCCGAGGCUGUUAAGUCUGCCGCCAUCCCCUACUGGCUGCUGCUUACGCCCCAGCACCUCAAUGUCAUCAAGGCUGACUUCAACCCCAUGCCGAAUCGUGGCAACCACCACUGCCGCAACCGCAACAGCUUCAAACUCAGCCGUGUGCCACUCUCCACCGUGCUGCUGGACCCCACACGCAGUUGCACCCAGCCUCGAGGAGCCUUUGCCGAUGGCCACGUGCUGGAGCUGCUUGUGGGCUACCGCUUUGUCACCGCCAUCUUCGUGCUGCCCCAUGAGAAGUUCCACUUCCUGCGCAUCUACAACCAGCUGCGGGCCUCGCUGCAGGACCUGAAGACUGUGGUCAUUGCCAAGAACCCUGCCGCUGGGGUCCAGCCUCAGGGCCCCCUGGUGGAUGAGCAGCCUGCUGAGGGCAGGGCCAGCAAUGACCAGCGACCCCAGGAAGUCCCAGCAGAGGUUCCAGCUCCAGUCUCAGCAGAGAUGCCCGCCCCGGCCCCGGCAGAGGCCUCAGCACCAGCUGAUAACUCAGCAGAGACCUCAGCUCCAGAGGAGACUCUGGCAGAGACCCCCGCCCAGUACCCAAGUGAGGACUUGGUCCAGUGCAUCUCAGAGGAGAACCAGAUGCCCUCAUACCUGCCAGCGUGCCCCUCGUUACGGCACAUCGCCAGCCUGCAGGGCAGCACCAUCAUUGAGCUGUUCCACAGCAGUAUUGCUGAGGUGGAGAAUGAGGAGCUGAGGCACCUCAUGUGGUCUUCGGUGGUGUUCUACCAGACCCCGGGGCUGGAGGUGACGGCCUGUGUGCUGCUCUCCACCAAGGCCAUGUAUUUCGUGCUGCACGAUGGCCUGCGCCGCUACUUCUCGGAGCCACUGCAGGAUUUCUGGCAUCAGAAGAACACCGACUACAACAACAGCCCCUUCCACAUCUCCCAGUGCUUCGUUUUAAAACUCAGCGACCUGCAGGCAGUCAACGUUGGGCUUUUUGACCAGUAUUUCCGGCUGACGGGCUCCUCCCCGGCGCAGGUGGUCACCUGCUUGACACGCGACAGCUACCUGACUCACUGCUUCCUCCAGCACCUCAUGGCCGUGCUGUCCUCGCUAGAGCGCACGCCCUCCCCUGAGCCUGUCGACAAGGACUUCUACUCGGAAUUUGGGAACAAGAGCACAGGAAAGAUGGAAAACUAUGAGCUGAUCCACUCAAGCCGGGUGAAGUUCACCUACCCUAGUGAAGAGGAGGUCGGCGACCUGACAUUCACCGUGGCACAGAGAAUGGCCGAGCCAGAGAAGGCGCCUGCCCUCAACAUCCUUCUAUACCUGCAGGCCUUCCAGGUGGGCCCCCCGCCAGCCGGACGCAGCAAGGGCAUAUUGCGUCCCAAAACACUCCUGCUCACCAGUGCCGAGAUCUUUCUCCUGGAUGAGGACUUUGUCCACUACCCGCUGCCUGAGUUUGCCAAAGAGCCCCCACAGAGGGACCGCUACCACCUGGACGAUGGCCGCCGUGUCCGGGACCUGGACCGUGUUCUCAUGGGCUACCAGCCCUACCCGCAGGCCCUCACUCUCGUUUUCGAUGAUGUGCAGGGCCAUGACCUCAUGGGCAAUGUCACCCUGGAUCACUUUGGGGAGGUGCCAGGUGACCCAGCCCAAACCGGCCAGGGCCGGGAGGUCCAGUGGCAGGUGUUUGUCCCCAGCGCUGAGAGCCGAGAGAAGCUCAUCUCACUGCUGGCUCGCCAGUGGGAGGCGCUGUGUGGCCGCGAGCUCCCCGUGGAGCUCACUGGCUAGGCCGCUGCCCCUCGCCCCCCCCCCCCCCCGCCACACCUCGCCCUGUCCACGUAGGGCAGGAUGGGAAGCAGACUUUCUCCUCAAAGUGUUUUCUCCUCCCUUCGAUUCCUUCAUUUGACUGUUCUCCCCCGAACGUGAACGUGUGUUGAGUUACUGCUCCCUAAUGCUGGGUGUCCCCUGCAGACUCCACCAGGCUGUGCCUGCCCAAGUCUCUGGUGUUCUGCCACCAGCCCUUGUGUCUUGUUAUAGGACUGUUGUUGACACGUGGCGCUGUGGGUCUGGUUUACUUUGACUAUUUCCUGAACUGUCAGUCUUGUUGCUAUUACUGUCGUUGUGGGUGUUUGCUGCUAAUCAUGAAGCUGGUAGUAAAACGCACAUUGCAAGUUCCUGUCCUGUGCACUUUUCCAAAGUGGAGCGCUCUCCUGGUCCAGAUAAAUGGGAGAGACUCGUGGGGUGGGUGUCCCCCGUGCCUUGGGGCUGAGACAUUCGGGGACAGGGGACCUAGCGCUGCCAGUGCCCAGUAGGGUUCUGUUGCCUAUUUUCUCUAUUCCAAUAAAGCAGAGUUUGACACAG